AUGAGGCCUUCAGGGAAUGCUAAUCAAUUUUGGUGGUACCUUGGUUUUUAUAAAUUGUUUCAACCUUUCCUGCACUCUNAAUUUGCUCAGAUGAGUUUUGCUCAUAGUGGUUUGCAGAGGCAGGAUGAUGGAUUAGUUGUUCACUCAGGUAUUCCACCUCCAAUUCCAGUGAGUUUGGGUAGUUCCGGGGCUCUGACUUCACUUAAUCAUACAGUUGCGUCUAGUGAAAAUUCAAGUAGGAUUUUAUCUGAUGAUGAGAGAUCGGAUCAUGGUAAUCCUGUCCGGUUAAGGAAACCUCCAUUGCCAUUGCAGCCAGUUCAACACAAAGCCGGUACAGCUUACAAUUUGCCUUCCCCUGACUCUGUUGCAAGUGACAGCAGCAUUGCAUCUGCAAGUUCUCUUUCUAAGCCCAUGUAUUAUCAAGACCAAGUUGUUGCUACACACAGGGAGAGCAGAGGUCCCACGAGCCCAAAUACAAGUAGUGAAAUCCCAAUUCCAAGCUCACAAAUUCAAGAUCAGACUUAUGUUUUGCCUCCACAAUCAGAUCAACAACAACAACAAACACAUCAACAACAACAACAACAACAACAAUUUGCACACGCGAGCAUGCACUAUAUUCCCCAUCCUGCAACCAAUCCGGUGCCAAUUUCAUCUUACUAUCAUCAAGUGUAUGCACCACCACCGCAACAACUUCACCACCCAACUGAUCCACAAUACCCGGUUUAUGUAAUGCCAGUUACUCAAAACCAACCAUUCAUGUCAAUGCAAUCUAAUCUAGUUGACACUAGUACUGUUGUGGCCUCAAGCCGCCCACUGACGCCUCCAACUCCGACGGUAGUUGCAGCCUCUGCAGCAUACAAAGACUCAAUUCCACCGAUUUACCCCACAAAAACAGCUACUCAAGCUAAACCUGAAAUGCCUGCAAGUGUAUACAGAACGGCUGUGACUUCAACUCCUGCGUUAGUCCAAAUUCCUGCUAAUCAAUUUCAACAACAGUAUGUUGGUUACUCUCAAUUGCAACAUCCUUCUCAGUCUAUUGCGGUUGCUUCUGGUGCUGCUGCUAAUUAUGGUUAUGAGUAUGCUAAUCCUGCUCAUGAACAAGUUUACUAUGCAUCACAUCAAGCUGCCCCGUUGCCUUCUCAGUACCAAAGCAUGAGCCCAGCUGCAGCAGUUGCGGCAUUAGCCGAUGCCUCAAAACAGAUGCCUGCAGAUGGCACUAUGCAGCAGAUCAGAACCUCACAGGCGCUAUGAGGCCUUCAGGGAAUGCUAAUCAAUUUUGGUGGUACCUUGAUUUUUAUGUUCCAUUUAUGUUAUGGUAUAGCUUUAGUGGAUUUCACAA